CAAAUCUCAAGGGUCAUGUACUGUCUGAGACACCAAGAAAAAAAAGGCAUCCUUUAGUCUCACAUUCUCACAAAGCCAAAGCAACCUUUGCUCUCUCCCUCGGUAUCCAGUUUAAAAACCCUUCAUAAACUACCCCUUUCAUUGUCAGAAAACACCCAUCCAUCUCUCUCUCUCUCUCUUUCUCUCAAUGGCCACACACAGGAAAAUGGACAGUGAAGAUCAAGAAACACUGUUUCAGGCCUUUCCAUGUGCAUACUACGUGCAGAGUCCAUCCACUGUCUCCCAUGCAAACAGUUCAGAGCUCAAAACCCAAAUCAAUCUUGAAUCCACAUUCCACUCCCCGUCAAGAUCAGAUACUGCUAUUCUUCUCAACAAGAACCCUGAAGUUUCAGGAUUCACUCUCUCUCGCUACUCUUCCUCUCGUGGCUCAAACAACUCUUUCUUGAACGAGAAGAAGGUUAGUGGGGAUCACGAGAAUGGCGUCAACCGUUUGAUCAUAGUUGAUGGGCAUGGACUUGUUGAUAUUCAUGGAAAAUAUGGGGAGGAGGAGGAGGAAGAUGAUGAUGAUUAUUAUUAUGGUAGGAAAGGUGGGUUUUGGUGGAGAUAUUUUUCUUUCAAAAGAAGCUCCUCUUGUGCUUGGGUUUCUUUGCAAAUAAGUUGGAGAUUACUUGUGAGUUUGGGAGUUGCCUUGCUUGUUUUCUAUAUUGCUACGAAGCCACCACCACCCAAGAUCUCCAUCAAGAUGGCAGGAGUGAGGCAAUUCGGACUAGGGGAAGGAAUAGAUGGGACUGGUGUUACAACUAAGAUCUUAACCUGCAAUUGUUCUUUGGAUCUUGUCAUUGAUAACAAGUCUAAGCUCUUUGGCCUUCACAUUCAACCUCCAAUUCUUGAAAUGUUCUUUGGUCAUCUCCCUUUCGCAAUGUCACGGGGUCCAAGACUCUAUGCUGAGAGCCAUAGUUCAACAUUGUUCCAAUUGAAUGUGGGAACCAGAAAUAAACCCAUGUAUGCAGCAGGAAGAAACAUGCAGGACAUGCUAGAAUCAGGCAAUGGCUUACCAAUUCUGAUUCGUGCAAGAUUGAGCUCUCAUUUUCGAGUGGUAUCUAACAUUGUCAAGCCAAGAUACCAUCACCAAGCAGAAUGUCUGAUAGUCCUAGACAGUACAUACGAUAAGAAACAUCGAACUCAGGCAUUUAACAGCACCUGCACCUUGUCUUAAUUCUGCUUUUUCCAUGUUAUAUAUAUAGAGUGUUAAGAGUUCCUUAUGCUUUGUUAAUUAUACAAGAGAGAAUAAGCAUACAUGAAUAUAAAUUGUAAGAAAUUUCAGAGAUAUUAUGAUGUGAUUGUAUGUAUGUAACAGAAAUGCUUUCUUUAAUUAGUAAAAGCAGAAGUGGUAAAA